CUAUCAGUCGGAGUAUCGCGCAGUUAUCGGCUCUUUGUGAAAGGAUAUAGGUCGGCGGCGGACUUGCACAAGCGCAUUGUGUGUGAUCAGGUCUUGAUUUCGAAAGAACAGAGGAGAGAUAACUGACACUAGCACAAUGAAGAGUUUCCUCCCCUGUCUCCUGGUGGUUCUGGCCGCGGCUCCUCUAUUUGCGGCUCCCAUAAAGCCACAGAACAUGACCUUCUACAUGGAAAAUGUUGGAAGUUAUCAAGGCAAGUGUGGGAAAAGAUGGACACUGCCUGUCACCAAUGACUACAAGUACGAGUUAGUGUCCAACGGUCGGGCCGUCGGUGGCAACUGCAGCACCACCGUGGUGCUCCAAAAGUCUACAAAAUGUCUGGACAAAAUCUGCGUCAGAGUGGACGAGUGGACACUGGACGCUAACGUCAUGAACAUCACCUUUACUGGCGAGAAAGAGACGAAAAUUAUGAAGUUUGGAGAUGAAAAGAUGACAGUGAAAUGCUUUGAGGGAAUUAAAGUGGACAUUCAUGUGUUAGAGGAUCAAGCCUACACCAAGAUGUGGGCUGACAACAAGGUCCCAGAUAAACCUUACAGCUUUAAGUUUGCCCUGUACCCUGAGUGUCCGGGUUAUCCUAAAGGGCUCGUAGAAGCUUCCAACAAAGAUUCCAUGGAGUUCAGCAAAGCUGAUGAGCUGGAGGCUGCGACCACGAUGAAUAUCGUCUACGGAGUCAUCGUCGCUAUCAUCAUCUGCUGCAUGUUCCUGGUCCUGCUCCUUAUUACCUACUGCUAUUACAAGAACAACCCCCAGGGACGCAAGAGGAGAAGUCAACCCAAAACAUCCAAACUUGAGGAAACCUUCAGCAAAGAAAAGAAGACGAUGGGCGAGCAGGUAGCUAAGGACAAACGCGUGGAGGGACAUUACAAGAAGACGGAGGACUCAGAGUUACAGCCCCUGGUCUCCUCCGCUGCCCCUGCCGCUGCCGCGGUGGUGACUCAGGACGACCACGGAUCUCCCACCAUCAAGAUCAACGAGGAGCCGGCGGAGGAGAAGGAAGAGAAAGAGGAGAAGAGCGACGAGUAGAGAGAGGACCGUCGUCACCCUGAACCAUUCCUUCUAGAUGAUUAAUUAUCGUGUCAUAAUUAGUAGAGUAAUUAAGGGUUUAAUGUAAUGGAAAAUGAUUUAUUUUGUCGAAGAAAAUUGGGAUAUUUUUCCGAUACUUACUGAUGCAUAAUUUUAAACUUGAUUUGUUGGCAUUGAUCAGGGGUUGUUAAUUAGUGAUAUUCACGAUAUUUUUUUAAAAAUUGUUAUUGAAGUUUUUAAUUAGUCAAUUUUUUUUUUUCACCCUAAUUCUGAAUAUAGUAUAAUUUUGAAAAUGAGUAUUAAUAAAUUUUCAUUUUUUUAAUGAUGAUAUUUUAUAUAAUCAAGAUGUCUUGUUUUAAAAUGGAGGAUUUGAUAUCUAUAGUGUUUUUGUGUUCAGAAGAGAAUUUGAAUGAGAGGUUUGUUUCAAACUUUGAAAGUUAAGAAUCACUAUAAAUCACUAAGUGGUUAUAUUAAUGUAUACUCUGCUCAAGUACGCAAAGCUAAGAGUUACGUAUAUACAACUGAGUAUUCAUUCUCUGUUGAUCAGUCUCUUUGAUAUACAAUGUUAUUUUAUCCAUUUUAUCUAUCAUGCAUUACGUGAUUAUGAAAACAUUAAUUUUAUUGUAUAUCUGGUUGUAUUUUUUUAUCUAAAAAAAUUAUAUUUUAUUUGUGCAUUUAAGGGGGAUAAUAUGCUUUUUCAAUCUAGCUCAGUCAAUGUGUACUGCAGGUUGCGGUAGAUUUCAUCGAUGUUACACACGUCUCAUAAGCAUUAUGGCAUUGUUUUCACACAUACAAUGAAAUUCCUUGUAGAUUUAGGUGCUCUAGUUAGGUUCUAUUGUUAAUACCUGAAUGAUAACUUACUCCUGUGUUAAAGUGUCUCUAUAUUGUGUAUGUAUGUUUGUGUGUUAGAUCCUUGUGUGGUUCAGUAUGUCUGUGAAGAAAAAAAAACUAGGAUUGUUAGCAGAGAGUCCAUGUAGCAGGGAUGGGGAAUACAAACCAAUUUUUUUAUUUUCCAAAUUAAGAAAAAGAGAGUCUUGUUUAUUUACAUCUUUUAUGUAUUCUCUUAACCAUUGAAAGAUUUUGUAUUUUAAAAGUCACCAAGGCAUUAAAUGAUGUUUAUAUUUUUAAUAACGGGAAUUUUUUUUUCUCUUGUUCAUGUUGUGAACAGAAGUCAGUUAUCAGAACAGCAAAUUUAUACUGAUUUUGUAAAAACUUGGAUGCAAUACCCACAUGUGAUUCAGUGAAACCCCAUCCCCACUUUUUCCAUAGUGUAGACUGGUUGUGUAGAUAUUUAGAGUUUAUUUUUUUGGCCUACUUGUGGUAUAUUGAAGUAUAUACAUGUAUUUAGGUUGUAUCAGCAGAUUGUGUCUGUCCAAUCAUCUCCAUCCAUGCUUGAUUUAUUACAAGGACAAUAUUACUGUGUUUAAUACAGAAUGUGCAAUCAGUUUUCGUCAGAUGUUUAUAUUUGUCAACAAGCACACUUUAAGAAAGAUAACUCCUGCAACGUUCAGACAGUCAUUGUUUUUGACUAAGUCUUUCAAUGCAAUUUUUGUAUUGUAUUUCCUUUUGAAUUUUUUUUUUAAAAAGACUCCACAUAAAUCAACAUAUUUUUGGAGUAAAUUCUCUUUUUUGGCUUUUGUUUUACAUAAGAAAUCCAAUCUCUGUAAACAAAUUUCAUAUUUGUGAACUGGAAUAUACUUUUGUUAACAAUAGAAAAAUUUAUUGUAAGAAUUUUUAUUCUGGCAAAAUUGUGUCACAUUUUUGUAUAUAUAACAUCUGGCUGCAAGCGAAGUGGGUGCUUUUACACACUUAUUAAUAAAUUUUUGAUUUUA